ACCAUUGACGGUGGCUGUGAUACCAUCGCCACCGGGGACUACAGAGACGGACGCGAGCACCUCCUGGUCCUCGAGGGAUGCGUGUGGCUUCUUAGCUGCUCGCGGGGCGGGUCCUUCCUAUCGUUGAUUUUCCGUGAGGGAGGCACCCCGGCUGGAUGGGAUGCGCCCCCAGAUCCCUGACCGUCCCGUGUUCCGGUCCCCCCCGCCCCCAGGUCAUGAAACGGGUGCGCACCGAGCAGAUUCAGAUGGCCGUGUCCUGCUACCUCAAACGCCGGCAGUACGUGGACACCGACGGUCCCCUGAAGCAAGGCCUGCGCCUGUCCCAGACCCCCGAGGAGAUGGCAGCCAACCUCACAGUGCAAACAGAGUCUGGCUGUGCCAACAUCGUGUCCGCCGCCCCGUGCCAGGCGGAGCCCCAGCAGUAUGAGGUGCAGUUCGGGCGGCUGCGGAACUUCCUCACCGAUUCCGAUUCCCAGCACAGCCAGGAAGUGAUGCCUCUCCUGUACCCCCUCUUCGUCUACCUCCACCUCCACCUGGUCCAGAACAGCCCCAAGAGCACCGCGGAGAGCUUCUACAGCCGCUUCCACGGCAUGUUCCUGCACAACGCCGGCCAGCGGGACGUGGUCGAGCAGCUGCAGGCCACGCAGACCCUGCAGGACAUCCUGUCCAACCUCAAGCUCCGCGCCUUCCUGGACAGCAAGUACGUGGUCCGCCUGCAGGAGGACAGCUACCACUACCUGAUCCGCUACCUCCAGAGCGACAACAACGCCGCCCUGUGCCGGGUCCUCACCCUGCACAUCCACCUGGACGUGCAGCCCGCCAAGAGGACCGACUACCAGCCCGGGGGCCCGAUCCUGCAGAACGAGGCCGCCCUGGACGUCCUGCAGGAGAGCAUCCGGCGGGUCAAGGAGGGCCCGCCCUCCCUCACCACCAUCUGCGUCUACGCCUUCUACCACACGGAGCAGCUGCUGAACGCCGCCGAGAUCUCCCCCGACGGCAAGCUGCUGGCCGCCGGCUUCGACAACUCCUGCAUCAAACUCUGGAGCCUCCGGUCCAAGAAGUUGAAAGCGGAGCCCCACCAGGUGGACGUGUCCCGCAUCCGCCUGGCCUGUGACAUCCUGGAAGAGGAGGAGGAGGAGGAGGAGGCCGAGAUGAAGACGCUGCGGGGCCACUGCGGGCCCGUGUACAGCACGCGCUUCCUCGCCGACAGCUCGGGGCUGCUGUCCUGCUCCGAGGACAUGUCCAUCCGCUACUGGGACCUGGGCACCUUCACCAACACGGUGCUGUACCAGGGCCACGCCUACCCCGUGUGGGACCUGGACAUCAGCCCCUACAGCCUGUACUUCGCCAGCGGGUCCCACGACCGCACCGCGCGGCUGUGGUCCUUCGAUCGGACGUACCCGGUGCGGAUCUACGCGGGCCACCUGGCGGACGUGGACUGCGUCCGCUUCCACCCCAACUCCAACUACCUGGCCACGGGCUCCACCGACAAGACGGUGCGGCUCUGGAGCGCCCAGCAGGGCAACUCGGUGAGGCUGUUCACGGGCCACCGCGGCCCCGUGCUGUCCCUGGCCUUCUCCCCCAACGGGAAGUACCUGGCGUCGGCGGGCGAGGACCAGCGGCUGAAGCUCUGGGGCCUGGCCUCCGGGAGCCUCUAC